CUAGAAAGUGGCAGCCCCAGGCCCCUGGCGCGUGGCAGCGGCUCAGCCCUGUGCAGCGGGCCCGCGUCACGGCCUCGAGGCUGCCCCUGCCCUGGAGCAGCUGCCUGCCUGGCCUCCUUGGAAGGGACAGCGACACAGAGGACCAUGCCCAGGGGUGGCCAUUUCCAAAGGGAGCCUGGUUCUGCUCUGGGCACAAACUCAUUCGGGUCUCGUCUCACGUCACCCGAUGCGAUGCUGGAGCCAGAAGCUGGCGUCCCGCCCCAGGCCGCUGCACUGCACCCCCUGCCCCCAGAGAACCCACGUUCCGCUGGUUCCAACGCUGCACAGUCAGGCCUCCUCGAGGGGCCCUGCGGGAACCCCCACUGCCAUCGGGGCCUCCAGGGCCUGGAGAGCCUUCCGUCCGCCCGCCGGUCAGCCCCGCCGCGCCCCAGUGGCUGUCAUUGGUCUCCUGGGUCACCCUUCACAUGUCCACUGUGUCUUCUGCGCCAGCGGCCGCACCUGCUCUGGUUCCCACACUACACACCAGGAGGCAGCGGCUGGGUCAGGGCCGCCUUCCGGGGACGGGGGGGACAGGGCUGCACUCGUGGGGCCAGAGUCGGGGGCAGAGCCCAACCCCUUGGCCACCUCCAGGCUCUCCCUGGGAUCCUGCCCCAGGUGCCUGUCCCAUGGCCCUUCCCGCCCCCAGGGGGACCCUCCCUGGCCUCCUUUGCUGUGACCUCUGCCCUCCAUGCUUUGAAUUGUCUGGCGGGUCCUGUGAGUCCGAGGCCACCCUGCCGCCGUUUCCAUGAAGUCUCCUGGAUUGCAACACAGCUCUCCCAGCACAAGGAGACAGGGGGAGAGCUGCUAGCCUCGCCCACAGCCCUGGUUUCCACUCAUGACACAUACGAGGCGCCCCCCCUGGACCCCUGCUGGACCAUGACUGCGUCUGUGACGGACGGAGCCAAGCGCCCAUGGGAGCCAGCACCACAACGCACAGGGCAGCAGCUGGUGAGGGGAGGGCAGCCUCGGGGACACGUGGGGCAGGCCGGCAGGCCUGGGGAAGGGGCUGCAGGAGGGAGGCUGCGGGAGGGAGGCUGCGGGGGGCCGGCUCAGGCCCCCGUGCUGUGCUGGAGGGGCUGGGGCAGUGGGGUGGCUCAUGCUGUGGGCCACGGGGGCCUGGGGCUUCCAGGCUGGGACCCGGAGCUUGGGCAGAGCAGACCAACACAAAGCUCACAGAGCAGGGGGCAAGGGGGAUGGGCACACGGCAGGAGACCCAGGGCCACGGCCGGAGCAGCCUGGAGGAUGGAGUUGUCAUAGCCCAUGCUGGGGUCUGGGAGGGGCCGGGCCACGCCCGAGACUGGCCAGAGGUCCAGGCUGGGUUGGGGGAGGAGGGAGGGUGGCUGACCCCUGAGCAGCCGGGUACAGACGGGCUCCCAGGGCUCCGGGCCACAGCAAGGGCGUGUGGUCUGGACACCUGUGCUGCCAAACUAAAGGGUGUGGCCCCUUGUGUGGACAAGUGGCCUCCAGGUAACUUUCUGGCUUGUCUCAUGGGACCACGUGACCAGGCUACCGGGCCCCCCGGCUGAGGGGCUGCGUGUGAGUGGGCAGGAAAGCCGCCUACCUGCUGGGGGGCCGCUGGGGGGCCAGCUGUGGCCUCCCAGGGCUGCCGCUCUGGUGACAGGCCUGACCGUGGGGACGCGAUGCUGUGACAGUGGGCACGGCUUCCUUCCCGCCCAGUGGGCCGCAUUUCCUUGCACCUGGGGCCCGGGGCCCCCUGGGCCGGGAUGGCCGUGUGAGGACUUGUUCUGGGGAGGGGCGUGUGGCUCUCCCGCGUGGCCCCGGAGGGCUGUGUGGGUGCCGAGGGCCGCUGCAGGGCCCGCUGAGGAGGGGGCUUGUGGGAGCCCCAGGACUGGCCUCCAGAAGGGGCUGGAGGGAGCUCAGCCAGGACGGUGGCCCAGGCCUCUGACGCCAGCACAGCCGGGUGGCCGUGCGCGGGGGCGCGGCUCUGUCCCGUGCUCCUGCUUCCUGGGUAAGGGGGCUCGCUGAGCGGCGCAGGGCUGGGGGGCCACCCACUGGGCAGAGGGAGAGGCAGUGAAGGUGAGAUUUCUCCAAGCCCAGGCCCUGGGGAAGGGCGCCAGAUGUCCCCUUGCAAAGGCCCCUCCCAAACCCACGUGGCCACACCUGUGCCCUGGGGUUCCCGCCCGUCGACACGUCGCUGAGUGCUGGCUGUGCUCAGCCCCGGGAGCCAAGGCGCAGGCCUGGCCUUGCACCCCCCCACCCCUGAACGCGGGGUCGCCGGGGCAACCAGGCUGCCCGUCGGCGCCGAAGGAGCUCCGUGGCCAGCUCCAGACGCCCUCACCAAAAAUGCAGUCAACGGGCUGCCCCUCUCAGUAGAAUCAAGGAGCCUUUCCGGGUCCUUCUACGCCCCCACGUCUCACGACGUGGACAUGGCAUCAGCUCCCACCGGGUCAGUAAACCCGUGAGACCAGCACUGCCCUCCACGGGCCCACGGGACUGGCCAUCACCUUCACGCCAUCGGGCACACUGCGCAGACGGGCCAGGUCAGGGGCACCACCGGCUCCCGGGGGGUUGUAGGAAACCAGGGGUAAUGGCUAGAGGCAGCUGGGGACCAGGAUGCAAACCACCACGGGCCUCGGAGACGGCCAUGCCGCUGGGAGGGGGCCCGACGCCCGGAUGCCUGCCAGCCCUGUCCCUCCCAACACCCCUGUCCCACCGAGAGCCCCUAUUCUUCCGGGUACGUCUGUCCUUGUGAGCCUGUCCCAGACGCACAGGGUGUGCAGAGGGCAGCUCGUUUGUGGCUCUGGGUAUCGCCGGCCGGGGUGGGCGAGUGGGCUGGUGCUCAGAGGGAGCCCCUCCCUACCUGGGGGUGCGCCGCUGGCAGCCCCCCAAACACCACGUGGCCCUGACAUGGCCAUGGAGUGGGGUCCUGGGGCCCAGCUGCAGCACCACACCGUGUCACCGGACAGAGGGCCUGCGGCGGCCACCACGCUGCUAAGAAAUACUUCACGGCCACCGUCAGCACCAGCGAGAGUGACUGAGUGACACCUGCCUCUGGCCCGAGAGACGCAGAGGCGGCCAGGCCCGAGGCGGGUCUGUGCACCUCUCCACCGCAGAGCCUUCACACGGAGCCCGCUCAAGCCCCCCGCUACCGGCCCGGGGGGUGGCCCGUCACAGACCCGCCUGGGCUACUCAUGGCCAAGUCACUGGCCUGAGGCCAACGCUGCCCUCAGCCCCCUGGGGCUAGGAUGGGUCCUGGCCAGUGGUGGUCAGAAGGGGCCUGCCAGGGAGCUGGGGACACCUGGGCCGCUACACAGCUGCUGCACCGAUGUCCCCGAGGAGGAGUCUGGGGACCAGAGGGCACGGGCCUGAACGCGCCGCCCAUGCUGACAGCCGUUAGCUGGGGUGUCUGAACCCCGCGCGUGCAGCCCGCACUGAGCGGGGCCGUGGGGCGGGCGGGAGGGGGCAGCAGCCCAAGCACGGGCAACAGGCGGAUCUCGGCCCAGGGUCACGGGGGACGAGCCGGAAGAAGUCAGCCCGGCUGCCUCGCUGAACCCCGCCCAGCGACCCGGCUCUCUCCUGGAGGUGACUGCAGACGGGGGUCCUGCCCACCGAGACCGAGACAAGCGGGUGUCCUCAGAGAGGGGGCCCCAUGCUCGGGCCCCAGGCUCCACGCCCGACAUCGCCCCGCAGCCUCCAGGGCUGGCCCCGUGACGCUCGCCCUCCCCGCCGUCCCACGGCUGGCUUCGCGGGCGCGUGUGAGGUGCUCGCGAACAUCUGCCGAGCGAGUGGUCUAUUUUAAAAAGCCGGCGUAUUAGGUAAACCCAUCGGGGUCCUAAAAACAUGUAGUAGUUUCCCUGGAUUAAAACACGUCUAUGGUUUUCUAAAGCGGAAA